UUCUCGCCAUCUCACCCUCAUUUUUCUCUCCCUCUCUUUGGUCUGCUGUUUGGUUUCAUAUCCUGUGGAUCUUCGUGAAGCUGAUGAGUGAGUUUCUCGGGGAGAAGGAAGGAGAUGGGGGUGGUGUGUACGAUGUUGUGUAUCUGCAUUCUGGCUGCAACCAUGCUUUCCGUUCGCACUUAAUCUGUCAAGAUUUCUCCCCUCCUCGCACAUGAUAUCACUGCAGAAGUAUACAAGCACUGUUGGUUUGAGAGAGAGUGAGAGAACAGGCAGAGACAGAAGGAGAGAGAGAGAGGCUGUAUGUGCCUCGACUGCGCAGUAAUGCCUUGGCAGCUCCAGGAAGUAGGCACUCAGCCGUUUCAGUAAUCUACUGUUCUUCCUUCCAGGCUUCAGAUGAGGAGAUGCAGACCAUAAGGCAAUUCAGAGUCAGACUGCGGAUGGUAUUUACCCACACUGUGAUGUAGGAGGCAGGAUUCCCUCUUUCCUCUACUAAAAAUCAGGAUUUUAGGAUCUCCAGCAGCCUGUCAGGGCUGCAUGGACAAGGUAACAGACUCAAGCAAGAAUAAGUGGAAUCCCAGUAAGGGAGCAGAGAAUUUAUACACAGACACAUGAGAGGUGGGCUUCUACGAAAAACCAUGAAAAAGAUAUAUAUCGGGAAAACGGCUCUUAAAACCCCUCGAAAUGGUUGUAAACAUCAGAAAAAGAGCUCUCUGCAGGAACAGAAGGAAGACCUAAGGAAGCGUUUCUCUUACACCACACAUAAGCUGGAGCUUUUAGAGCGUGAGUUUGACUCUACGAGACAGUACCUGGAGACUGAGCUGCGCCGAGCCCAGGAGGAACUCGACAAGUUCACUGACAAAUUACGCCGAAUACAGAGCAGUUACUCAGCAUUGCAGAGGAUCAACCAGGACUUAGAGGAUAAAAUCCACCGAAAUUCACAGCACCAUGAAGAGGAGAAACGGGCUCUCAGUAGAGAAAUCAUCGUUCUCAACAAUCACCUCAUGGAGGCAAAGAUGACCAUUGAGAAACUGAGAGAGGACAAUGACUUAUACAGGAAGGACUGUAACCUGGCUGCCCAGCUCUUGCAGUGUAAUAAGUCGCACUACAGAGCCCAGUUAUCUGAGUUGCCUGCAGAGUUUCAGGAGCGUGUAAGCUUGCACAUGGAGGAUUCUUCAAUCUGCCACUCCCCAUAUGCCGACACAGUGCCUGCCUCAGUCAUUGCUAAGGUCCUGGAAAAACCAGACGAGGUCUGCAGCAUUCAAGCCUCUCGAUCACCCAGUCCACAACCCCAGGAACGGCAGGGUUUCCUAGUAGGUACUAGCCUUGUGGGUAGCACAGAGCGCCUUGGCCUGCGAGCUACGUACAAGUCAGACUUGUACAGCAGUGACACAGCACUUUAUUGCCCUGAUGAACGGAGGCGAGAGCGCCGACCCAGCAUGGACCUCCAUGGACAGCGGAAGGUCUAUGAACCCCAGAACUCCACAGAUAGCAACCCAGAGGAGGGCUCCAUGUCCCUGCAGCCUGGCUUCGCACAGGAACAUUUUCGAAAGUUUACCACGUCUCUGGGAGGCGGCUCCAGCUCCUACUCCAGCUUUAGCGGAGGAGGGUCAGAGGAUAAGGGUCAGGAUCCUCCUAGCAGUGCUGCAUCUUCUCCACGUCACCAUGCACUUUACAUGGACUGGAGGGAUGGUGGUGAAUACGAGCACAAAAGUGACUCUUCCUGGGAGAGGGAGAGUCCAAGCACCUUUACAAAGGCAAUUGCAUUUCAACCGCCUGAGUCCAGCCACCAUCAGAAUGGUAGCUCACCUAUUUAUAGCAGAACCAUGUCCUCCUGUUACAGUGAACCUUAUGAGCCCCUGCCAACCUCCACCUCACCAAGCAUUACCUAUGGUGACAGUCGCAGAGGAAGUGCUUUUGCUCCUGAGGAAGAUGAGCUUAUUGGUCGAUGGAGGCAACUCAGUGUGGAUGAUCUGAGUGCCCACUCGUACCGCAGUCCAGGUCGGGCGUCACCCUACAGUUUCUCUGAGCAACACUUCUCUGUCCGGCCUGCCAAAAUCCGUCUUGGCCCUCUCUACAGUAGCUUCCAGGAGGGUACAGAUGUGUACCACCAUCAUGCAGGAGUUCUAGACCCCUUCUCUAGCCCCAGCCCUGAGUGCAGCCCAGGCAUACGGCAGCAGCAAAGCCAACCCCACUUGUACCAUUCCAAGGAGGACAGCCAAGAAUCCGAGCACAGCCUCUACAGCACCAAAGAAGGUGUGGUGGCAGCAGGAGGCCAGACGACCGAGUAUGUCGAUGUGAGUCCCAAUAGCUCAAAUGAGUCCUUGGACCACGGAUCUCUUGAGAUGGCUGCCGAACUGCAGCAUUAUCAGCCCGAGAGGCACAGCAUGUCCCCUCAGGGAACCACCCCACCACCUCCUCCACAACAACCGUACCAAAAAUUUGGCACAUUAGGACUGUCACGUAAAGACAGUCUCACCAAGGCACAGCUCUAUGGUACACUACUAAACUAAGAGCAGGGGUUUAUGUUACCCUCUCUUUUUAGUAGGUUUUGAAUGUGAAACUACGGUUGGAGCCAAAAACAUUGUGGGAUUUUCUGUUGAAUAUUUUUCGGAUCAUAAGCUCUCCUAUUUUUUCUCUUUUUUUCAGUAUCUGUUACAAUGUUUUCUAAACAUUUAACAUGAAUUGCUCAUGUUUCUACAGCUGAUGAGUUGUUCCAACACUUGUUGGAUUUGUUUAUUAAUGGUUCUGUGUGGUUUGUGAGAAAGUAAUUUAUGUGCAUUAGGUUUAUGGAUUUUUGGAAAUGUGUCUUAAAUACGAUCUGUAAGAGAGGUUGAAUUUGUUUUACCAAAAGUCUUCUGGGCUCAUAAGGGUUCUUGAAGUCAAUGGACAGCACAUGCUAUGUACAGUACAAAGAAAUGCUCAUUUUGACAAGAAAUUUGAUCUUUUAUGAUAUUAUUUAUGAAUAGCUGUAUUUAUUGUUAGGUAUGCUAUAUCUAUAACUGUUUAAUAACUGUAAGACUAUGGGGAGACAGACAAAUCUAUAUAAUUGUAAAUAAUUUAUAUUGCUAUAAAUAAGGCAAUCAGCACAAUUAUUUAAGCUGCAUCAAAUGUAAAUGCCUCAAAUGAUUUAAGUCAUGGGUACAAUCUAAAUUUUUACUGCAAUCCAUUGACAGAUUAUUCUGCUGAAGACAGCAAGAUAUUCUGAAACUAUUUCUUGAGAAUAAGCUCUGCAUGGAUUCAUAUUACCAUGAAUCAGUCCUUUAAGAUGAAGUUGCAACAAAAGCGAUACUUCAAAUCUAUUUGAUAUAUAACUCAAAUUAAUUUAGUCUUCAAAAGAGAACACACUAUUUUGAAAGCACUGGGCAUUUUUUUAAGCUCCUGUUUUGUUUGCCGAUGGAUUUCUGAGGUGAUUGUUCUUUUCUGUGUUUUCUCUUUUGUUCCUCAGUGCUGUACGUCCCUCCCUCAGGCCCUCUCUACCUCACGAUUCAAUCCCUCUCUUCUCUCUUAGUCAGCUGGGAUCCUGUGUCAGUUGACACAAUGAUGCAUGACUCUGUUUCUUCUGUUUGGCUUUCUCUAUCUAA